CGGUAAUAUUAGCUGAGAUUUAAUAUUCUGAAUAUGUAAUUUGGACAGGAAAGUUCUCCAGGCUGCCGGCAAGAACUGAUCGACUUUGUGCAGAGUACAAUUUGAACAUUUUGAAUGUACAGAUCUAGAAGCUGCUUGUUGCAAUUGCCGAGUUGCCAAAAGGUUUACGUAGGCAAAGCUGGUGGAUUUCAUUGUGGUCCUCGACUGAGCACUUCACAGUCUUCAGCAAACGCCACAACCAGCUCAGCAGAAGGACCAUCGUUGACCCUACAGCUCACAUGGCCGCCAUGAAGUCCCUCAUCCUGUGCGCGGUGCUCGCGCUUGCUGUUCACCAAGCGUCGGCGGCUGUCAUCAACAAGGACUGGAGGGUGCCGAUCACUCUGUCUGACACUGUCAAUGUGGGAGACACGAUCAUCUGGACCUGGACGGACACGGCUCCCCAUGACAUCCAAUUCCUGACCUUCCCUGCCGGCUUCACUGGCAUCGCUACCAAUGGUAUUGUGGGGCUCACGGUCCCCCCCCAGCCUAUCAGGGCUCCCUACAACGUCAGCUUCACCCCCACUCUUCCUGGAACCUACACCUACGUGUGCACUGUGCACGCCUCCAUGACUGGAACCGUUGUCGUUGCUGAUGUUGCCGCCAACAUGACCACCGUCCCUGCCAACACGACCACCGUCGCAGCCAACACCACCGCAACCGCGAUUGCCGGGAACUCAACCAUGAACGCCACCGCCAAUGCGACGAUUGCCCAGGCCGCCGUUGUGGCCCGUACCCUGGGCUUCGCGACCGCUGCCAUCGCGCAGAACGCCACUGCUGUGGUGACAUAUAUCACCAACGACCUCACCGUGUUUGCCGCCAACACGUCCGGCCCGUUGAACAUCACCAGCGUCGGCGCCAUUCUUGGUUACCUGACCACGAACCUCGCCCUGGCUACCGCCGCUAACCCGCUCGCCAACACGACGGCCCCCGUCGUCAAGCAGUUCAUUCUUAUCGAUCCGACCAACGCCCUCAUCACCGUCCAGGUCCCGGUCCUCCAACAUUUUGCCACAAUUCUGUGGACUUACCUGAGCAAUACCACUUUCAGCCCCACCCCGAACUGGUAUGCCAAGACCGGAAUCUUCACACCUGCACCCAUCAGCCUUGCUUAGAGUCCCUCUAUGUUAGUCUAGUUGACAGGUCCCAGGAGUCGUGGCAAGCGUUGUAGUGUCGUCUCGCAGGGGUAGUAACGCAAAAUGCACUGACGUAAGUUAUGUUACAAUUUGCCUUGCAUCAAAGCGAGUUACGUUGAUGCUUGACCAGGCAGGUCGUCAGCUACAUUGUUGACAAGGUCGGUUUUAUCCACGGAUUGAUAUGUUGAAUUGUACAAACGUGGUUGAAGAUUCCUCUAAACCUACAUUUCUAAGCCGCUAGAAGGUUUUCAUUGAACGAGUCGUUGCGUAGUGAUUUGGCUGGCCGUACAUAAUUGAACAGUGCCUCAAGAUUUUCUCUAACGUAUUUGACCCUUCAAGUCGGUGUGGAUGCAACGAACCUUGUGGAGAUUGGUUGUUGUUGACAGACUUCAAUAUAUAUACUUCCAUUAGAGACGGUUCUUAAGUUGCCCAAACUUAGCUCAGUACGGUCGAUAGAUGGCCGCAUAAUACCACCGUCCUGGCACUGCCAUGCUGCCAAUGCAAGACUGGUU